AAUGAGCAUGCGCCGCAUUAGCCUGCAGCAAUAUGGCUGCGCCCAGGCGGUCCGCGCUGCUCCUUUGACAGAGCUGCUCGAGUCGCUUCCUCGGAGGUCAUCGGCGCGAUGGCGCUGCGGGCGCGGGGCCGGGACCUCUUGGCUCUGUGCAGGAAGCCCGGAUUUCGGUCGGCGUUCCUCACCACCAGCCCCCACCCGGCCCCGGAGCUCGAGGGGGACACGAAGGAAAAUGAGGCGAUCGCGCCAGAAUUUACCAACCGGAACCCCCACAAUCUGGAGCGCUUGGCCCUGGCCCGGAAGGAGCGGGGCUGGGCCACUGUGUGGCCGCCCCGGGCCUAUUGGCACCGGUUGCGAGUUCGGCGCACUCAGCACCACAUAGAAGCUUUUGUUGAGCAUCACAAUGGGGAUGUUGUGGUUUCAGCAUCUACCCAAGAAUGGGCAAUUAAGAAGCACCUAUACAGAACUCGAAGUGUGAAUGCUUGUGAGAAUAUUGGAAGGGUUCUGGCCCAGCGGUGCCUGGAGGCGGGAAUCAAUUUCAUGGUCUUCUACCCCACAUCUUCGGAAUCAUCCUCUGAAUCGAUACAGCGAUUUCAGAAUGCCAUGAAGGAAGGUGGGAUGGUACUACAGGAACCCCGAAGAAUCUAUGAAUAAAAGAAAUUUCAUUUCUUUUGGACUUUUAACUUAAAGAUACCCUUUUAUUGGUGGGAUAAUCAUCUUGGUAUUUUACAUUACAAUAAAUGUGAUACUUUUUAAUGUUUU